ACAGCUGAUCAAUGUUUUUGUAAAUAAAGAAAAAAACCAAAGAGUAGCCAAAAAAAUGUGGAUUUAUUGAAGCGCAAUUAUUUAUUGCAAAAUUUUUAACAAUUACUGAAUUAAAACGUUAAUAACAAAUAUGUAUACCACAUUAUUGGCAAAACAGCAAUUUAAAAUAAUUGUGCGAUUGUGGCAAAAACAACAAUUGCAAUUAUUAACGGCCAGUUUUAUAAACAACAGUACAAAUGAAACCGCCGGUCAGAGUAUUAGACAAUAUACAGCAACAACUACACAAUAUACCACAAGGAAUCCUACACAUGUGGGUGCUUGGAAUAAGAGUACAAGAUUAUAUAGUGAUAAUGCUAAACAGGGAGGAAGUCAGGGUAAGCAAUUGGAUAUGUCGGAGGUGGAAGAUGAAGCAAGUUUAAAUGGCUCGGAAGAAGUGGAUACAUUUACACAAAAUUACAAUUUAAAACAAUUGCUGUACGAAGAAGGAGAUGAUAUAAUGAACAAAUUGAAUUCAUGCGGCAGCAUUGAAGAGCUAAAAAAUAUUCUUGAAUACGAAAAAUCCCAUUUGCAUAAAGAACACAUAGUUCAAUGCGUGAUUUUGUUAUGGAUGUUUAAUAGACAAACUAAUUCCGGCGCUUAUCAUCAACAACAAUUAAAGGAACGAACUUUUAUGGAAUAUCUGUUACCCCUGCUCAGCGAAUAUGUUGCUGAAUUAGAUGCAAAUGAAUUAAGCACUUGCUACUUGUAUUUGCGUAAAAUGGGUGUGGAAAAUACGGAUCCAGUAUUACAAAAAUUAUUAAUAAAAGCUCUCAAUGAAGUAGAAACCUCUGAAGAUAUUGUAAGCCUACCGACAUUGUCUCGCCUAGUCGUGGGCAUUAAUACCGGUAGGGAUUUCUUUACUCCCAUGUUGUGCGCCAAUUUUAUGAGACAUUUACGGCAACACAUUGAAAUGUGUAAAAGUGAGGAGCAGGCUCGCAUGAUUGCCAUAUGCAUGUUUAAUUUACAAACCUUAAUUACCGAUGAAAUGAUUGAGUUAUAUAAGAGUAAAGUAUUCGAUUUAAUACAAUCAGGACAAAUUUCCAACACUACACCGAAGACUGUUAUAAAAAUUUUAAAUCUAUUAAAUAUGACGGUAUGGUCUCAUAAACAUGAGCCCCUGAUACGAGAAUUACUAUUAACUCUACAAACUGGUAUCAAACAAUUAGAUGCUAAUGAUUUGAAAAAUGUUUGUCGCAUCUAUCAAUAUCACAUGGAACCGGCUGCUUUACAUGAACCCUUAGCCGAAGCUGUGGAAGAUUUAUUGAGCAAACAAAUGACUCCCGAAACUUUGGCUUGUUUUGUACCCUUUGCCCAGCCUCAUCGUAGGGAGACUUUGAUAAAUGCCUUCAAAGCUUUAAUAUCAUCUCCCGAAUCUUGGCAAUUAAACAAUUCUACCGGUCAUCUUUUCACCACCUUAAGAGGUUUGAAAAUAUCAGACAAUAAAAUUUGUAAUGCCUACUGGAAUGGUGUUGUGGCCGAGCUAGAGACUAUACCCGAAGAGGAAACACAUUUACGUUUCUUACGACAUUGUCAUCGUUAUAUGAAUUUCAAUAAUAAUCUGGGUGGCACCUAUAGACACACCGUUUUGGAAAAGAAGUUGAGUCAAUUGUGUAUGAGAUUUAUUGAACAUGAUUUAGCCGGUAGAAUACCACAGAAAUUUGCUCGUUUGGCCUCGUUUGUUUUGGCUUAUGGUCAUACACCGUAUAGUUGGAAAAAAUAUCCGAAUAUUUUGCUAUCAAAAAUUAUAACAAUGGGUGAUCAAUUUACACCAACUGAUUGUUUUCUAAUUAGUCGCGGUCUGCAGAUUUCAUUGGAAAUGAGAUAUCGUCAUCAAUUACCCCAAUUAGUAGGCAUGCAAUUAUCCACCAUUGAUAGCGUCUUAACCGCCUGCAUAGAAAAGCAUUUAAAUGAUGAAGAACUAACCGUAACCGAUCUAAAUAUGUUAGUACGUACCUUAAGUAAUCGGAGAAGCUUAAAGAAUAGUGUAAUUUAUCACAAAACCCUGCAAAAGUACAAAGAAAUACAAUGUCAAGACUUAAAUUCACGCAUCAUUAAAGAUAUGUCCUAUAAUUUCCUAGCCACUAAUUAUUUAGUGCCUGAAAUACUCGAAAAUAUGUUCACCUAUCUAGAGACAAAUCAUGAACAUGUUGUGGGUGAAACGGUGGAAAAACUUUUGACUUGUACUUACAAUUUAGGCUAUACACCGCAGUCUUAUGAUGCUUUGCAUUAUGCGGGCGCGAUAUUAUUAAGAGAUUUUAAUUAUAUGAGUGGUUUGGCUUUGGUUCAAGCCUGUUUAGCUUUAUGUUUUUAUAAGACUAUACCUGAAGAACUUAUAAAUAAAGUAUUUUGUGUUAAAUUUAUCCAACGAGUCGAAGAAGAAAUUCAAAUGUGUUAUUCUAAGGCCACUUAUCCCGAACGUGUACUUAAUAUUGUUAUGCAAUUGAAUCGCAGUGUUUGCUUAGAUUUUCCCGAAGCUAAUGUUCCUUGGUUCCAACAAAAUUUCAUUGAAGCACAAAUUAGCAAAAAAACUCCCACGGAAACCCGUUUCAGUCGAGAUGUUAAAGGUUUAUUGACAGCUUUACUUAAAAAUGAGUCGUAUAUAAGAUGUAAUCAUACGACGCCAUAUGGUUAUCAGGACCAAGUUAGGCAAAUAAGACGAACAUACAACGAACUGCGCAAUGAAAGGACGAAAGAGGUGGCUGAAAACAACAAAAGUGGAAUGGAGACUCAGGCACCCCAACAAACGCCCGCUAAAAAAGAUGCCAAACGUGACAGGGAAAUAGAUGAUGAAACCCCUAAAAGCACGGCUCCAAAGAGGCAAAAAAGGUCACCGAAGAAGAAAAACCAACCUGAUGUGGUACAAGAGGAAAUCGAAACUAGUGACACUAUAUCGACUCAGGCAGAACUUCCUCAGAACAACAAGUGGAAUUUGGUCAAGAAAACAAAAAAGAGAAAAUUUAAAAGACCUAAACCAGAUGUAAUGAUUAUAUCUACCAAAGGAGAGAUCUCGUAUGCUGAUAUCUUACGAAAAAUUAAAGCUGAUCCGGAACUUAAAACUCUAGGAGAGGAGGUGAAGAAAAUAAGAAGGACGCAAAAAGGGGACCUUCUUUUGGAACUUAAAACAACAAAUAGUAAUGUAGACGAAAGAUUUAGAGAUAAAGUCGUAUCAUCAUUGAAUGGAAAUGUUACAGUGAAAACACUAAAGGAGGAAACUAUUAUUGAGUGUAAAGAUUUGGAUGAUAUUACAAUCGAGUCCGAGAUUUGUGAAGCUUUAGCCCGGGAACUAAACCUACCAAGUCUAGACAAGAAUAUAAUAAAAUCGCUACGAAAAACGCCUAUGGGAACCCAAAUAGCCAAGAUAAGCCUACCAGUGGAAGCAGCUCGUAAAGCUCUUGAAAUUGGAAAGAUCAAAAUUGGAUG